GUGAAUUCAGAGUCCGUCCUAUAAGAUACGAACGCUUUGAGGGUUUCUGGACUAUUCUACUCGACGCGUUUAACUGUAGAAACUCUCCUUCUCCGUCAAACAAACUCUCAUCUGUUCGCCGCCUAGUCUCUGAAGAUGCCUCGCCGGAGCUCUGGAGGAAGACCUGCCCCACGCCCAGCAGCUCGUCCUGCUCCACGUAGGCCCCCUCCUCAACCAGUUCACCAUGCUCCUCCUCCAGCUCCUGCUCAAGGUGGUGGUGGAUCAAUGCUGGGUGGCAUUGGUUCAACCAUAGCUCAGGGUAUGGCAUUUGGUACCGGAAGUGCCAUAGCACAUAGAGCUGUUGAUGCUGUUAUGGGUCCUCGUACCAUUCAACAUGAAAGUGUUGUCUCUGAGGCUGCUGCUGCAGCCCCUUCUGCAAAUAAUUUCGGGUCUGAUGCCUGUGGUGUUCACACAAAGGCCUUCCAAGAUUGCCUGAACAACUAUGGAAAUGACCUCAGCAAGUGUCAGUUCUACAUGGACAUGUUGACGGAGUGCAGGAAGAAUUCAAGCUCUAUGUUGGGUGCUUAAGUCCUAUCUUAGUCUUUGACAUUCAAUUGGAAAAAUCAGCUUUGAUAUGUUGCCUUUGGUUUAUUGGUUGAUUAUAAUUGAGCCGAAUUCUGUGUAUUAGUUAAAGAUUGAUCAAUAAUUUGAAUCAGAAACUGGUGCUACAUGGAUUAUGAAGUCUGGUUUCCAUUGAUUUUAAACUGAGACUUGAAUGUUUUGUCAAUAGCGUCUUGAACCCAAAUCAAAUGGCUUUUACA